CCCGCCGCCCGCCGCCCGCCCGCCGCCGGCGCCCGCACCGCCGCCCAGCGUUCGGACGGACCGCGGGGCCCGGAGAGCGGCUGCGGCGGGCGCGGGCGGCGGCGGCGUCCCCGUCUGUCCGUCCGUCCCGGGACCUUCGCCCCCGCACCUCCCCGCGCCGGGACCGCGCGCUCCUGCCGCCGGGGGGCGGGAGCCAGGCCCGCGGCCACCGCCCCCCACGAUGAAGGAGCUGAGGUUCGGAGAGGCCAAGGGACAGACCCACGUCUGCUAGGGGAUCCCGAGCAGGAACCAGGUGGUCGGCCGCGGAGCCCAUGCCGUGAGGCCGGCGCCGCCCCUGCCAGCAUGCCGUGGGACGCACAGCGGCCCGGGGGAGCGGAGGGCGCCAGCGCAGCGCGCCUGCGGGCGCAGAAGCAGUGCCGCAAGUCCUCCUUCGCCUUCUACCAGGCGGUGCGCGACCUGCUGCCCGUGUGGCUGCUGGAGGACAUGCGCGCCAGCGAGGCCUUCCACUGGGACGAGCGCGGGCUCGCCGCCGCCUACUCGCCGUCCGAGGCGCUGCUCUACGCGCUGGUGCACGACCACCGGGCCUACGCGCACUACCUGCUGGCCACCUUCCCCCGGCGCGCGCUCGCGCUGCCCAGCGCCGGCUUCCGCUGCUGCGCCGCCCCCGGGCCGCACGUGGCGCUGGCCGUGCGCUACAACCGCGUGGGCAUCCUGCGCCGCAUCCUGCGCACCGUGCGGGACUUCCCGGCCGAGGAGCGCGCGCGCCUGCUGGACCGCCGGGGCUGCGGCCGCGUGGAGGGCGGUGGCACGUCGCUGCACGUGGCCUGCGAACUGGCGCGGCCCGAGUGCCUCUUCCUGCUGCUCGGCCACGGAGCCUCGCCCGGCCUGCGGGAUGGCGGGGGCCUCACGCCACUCGAGCUGCUGCUGCGCCAGCUGGGCCACGACUCCGGGGCCGCCCCUGCCAGCGGGGCGCCCGCGGCGCCCGGGGAGGCGCGCCAGCGCCGCCUGCUGCUGCUGGACCUGCUGGUGCUGUACGCGCCCGCCGACGCCGCCCGCCUGGCCCGCUGCGAGCUGCUGGGCGACCGGCCGCGCUGGCAGCGGCUGCUGGGCGAAGACAAGUUCCAGUGGCUGGCGGGCCUGGCGCCGCCCUCGCUCUUCGUGCGCGCCAUGCAGGUGCUGGUCGCCGCCAUCUCGCCCGGCCGCUUCCCCGAGGCCCUGGAUGAGCUGCCGCUGCCGCCCUUCCUGCAGCCGCUGGACCUCACGGGCAAGGGCUAGCCCGCGGCGCCCCGGACUGGGCUGGGCUGGGGAGAAGACUGUUUUCGGAGGUUGUGCUGGCACUUUACAUGUGUUGGUUGCUGUACGUGAGACUCUGCCUCA